AUUACGUAACUCGCCAGCGGUUUCUACAACUUUUACCUACUAGUUUAGUGGCUCUAACGCGCACUUUUUUUCAUUUUAGAACCACGAAGCAAAACUUGACUUUACGGAUAGAUACGGACGUGCACGAAGAAGUCGCUCGGGGCUUCUUCCCAUUACGUCAACAGUACAGUUGUACAUUGCUUUACGCUACCCCGAAGGAAAAAAGCAUACAAAAUGAGUGACAGUCUGAAGCUUUCCAUGCCUCAUGAGAGGCCAAACCGCUCGAUGGAGAACGAAAAGCUGCAGGGCCCGGUAAGCACACAAGUUUACGAUGUUGCAUAGUACUUGCUUGGGUUUACCAUGAGUAGAUAUCGCUUUCUGGUUGAAAAAUUAGCUCGAAAUAAGGCCACUUAAUUUUGUUUCGAGGAGUUCCUGAUGAAGAACUUGUAACUUUUUUUGCAGGUCGGGAAUAUCGGCAAGGCGGACCACCCUGUGCAGAAAAUCCAGCUGCAGAGCACACGUGACAAGCUGAAGAUGGAGGAUAGGCUGGACACUGUUGUUUUCGGUAAAAAGAAGAUAUUGACAGGUUUCCUUUUGAUGAAGUGGAUGUUGUUUCCAUUUUUCACCGCUCGCAUACGCAUGGUGAAAAUUCUGCCAAAGAUGAAAAUGAAAAAAAAUGCAAAUGAGAUGUAAGGAACAAAAACUACACGACAGGAUCUCACGUGAGCAUGCGAAAUCGAAUGGAGAGGACAAUUAUGGAUUGCAAAAAUGUCUGGGUCUGGAAGAUUGCGAGAUUUGUCAUGCUUGCCUGGCAUGACAAAAAAGUUUGUGAUGCGUGUCCAAGAAGAGACCCUGGUGCCUGUCAUGCAAAAACGCAGUUUCUCAUGCGAACAAAGCAACACAAAAUAGCGCAGAUAUUUCUCAUGCUUGGCUGUGCAUUACAGAGCACUCACUAUUCCCAACAUAGCAUUACAAGUUUCCAGAUCCAGACAUUUUUACAUUUCAUGACAAUGCUGGCCCAAUACCAGCGGCUUCCCGGAUUGCAGUCGAGCUUUGUCGGUCUCGAGGCGCAUUUAGACCUGGACGAAACACUUGAGUAAGUUUUUGUUAUUUAUUGCUUUCCUCUUGACCGACUUGUCUCAUGACAGGAUGUGCCUGCCACAGUUUCGCACUUAUAACAAAGGGAGAGCAAGUUGAAAACUUUCAAUCAAGAGGAUCAAAAUUUAUGCAAAAAAAUCAGAUUCGAAGACUUCCUGAACCGAAAAGACAUGGCGCCAGUACCGGAAAUGGGAUUCCACCACACCAUGCACGACGUCCUCGAGAACAAGUUGUACAACAAAUAAAUAACCACACAGAACUGCGCUCAUCUCCCUUAGACACAAACAUUUUUUGAAGAAAUCCCCCGACCUGGAUCAGACAGAAGUAAACAGACGACAAACAUCAAAGAGCAC